AUGAAGACACAAUGGAAAUCUGAGAUCAUUCAAAAGAUGAAAGAUGUCAAAAAUGGAGAAAAGGAAAUGAAAUCCAGCGAUGAAGAUAUUAGAGAAAAAAUUAUGAAACAAGCUCAGAAUUUUAUGGAUCAGUUUGGCAAAUUCACCACAGAUCAUGUAAGAUAUAAAAAAUCAUCCAAUGAUAGCUUACAAAGUGCACAAUCAGACAACAAAAUUUGUACCAAAAAAGUAUUUGAGCGGUCAGUAAAAAUCAGAGAAUUAAAAAAGAAGAAGGAAAAUUUAUUUCACGUGAGUUGCCUUGAUGUCAAAUCAGCGUACAUCAGUGGUGAUGGUCCUGGAAUACUGUUCAUAGACAGAAAAAACUUUAUUGAUACUGAAUUUGGACCUGGGGGACUGUGUUGUACCAGAUCAGGUGAUAUCUUGGCCUGUAUGGGUUUUAGAAAAAUAGCCAGAGUGGUGAAGUACAGCAGCAGUGGAGAGAAAAUCCGGGAGUUUCAGAAGGAUCAGAACGGGGAGAGACUUUUCAUUCAUCCAAGGUUUAUCUGUGAGAAUGCCAAUAGUGAUUUAUGUAUCUCUGAUUGUGGUAGAAACAGUAAAGUAGUCGUACUGAGCAAGUGUGGAAUACUUCGGUUUAAAUAUGAUGGGAAGGUCGGAACUAAAACGCUAAAAGAGGAUAUUAAGCCAUGUGGAGUGGCUACCGACUGA